GCUCCAUUUUAUUUUAGUUAAUCCUCUUUAUAAAAAUAUUUAUUUUAAUUUAAUUAUUUCUUUAAUAAAAUCAAUUGAAUUUUAUUAUAUUUUUUUAAUAUUAUCUUAAUAUUAAAUUAUUAAAUAAAAUAUAUUUACUCAAAUUUAUAUUUUCAAUCAUAGUAGUAUUACAACCUAGAAUAUUCUUUCUAUGAUAAAUAUCUAGAGUGACACUUCAAAUAGUAUUUCUUCAUCUUCAACACAAAGUUCUCAUUUCAUAGAUUGAACUUUCAUCAAUCUUUGUUGUGACAAAAAUGGAAAUGAAGCCAACAGAAAUCAGCAGUUCCAAAAUGUUUGGAGGUUACAACAAGAGAUACAAACACUAUAGUCCAAUUCUUGGUUGUUCUAUGAAUUUCCACAUCUUUUUCCCUCCUUCCUCUUCUCCUUCUCACAAAUUCCCUGUGCUUUACUGGCUUUCUGGCUUAACAUGCACGGACGAGAACUUUAUUACUAAAUCUGGUGCACAACGUGUUGCUGCGAGUGAGGGCGUGGCACUGAUUGCCCCAGAUACAUCUCCUAGAGGCCUAAAUGUGGAAGGAGAGUCAGACAGCUGGGAUUUCGGAGUAGGUGCUGGUUUCUAUCUAAAUGCAACACAAGAGAAAUGGAAGAACUGGAAGAUGUAUGACUAUGUGGUCAAAGAACUGCCCACACUUCUUCAUGAAAACUUUCCAGAACUCGAUACAUCACGGGCAUCCAUCUUUGGUCACUCCAUGGGUGGGCAUGGAGCACUGACAAUCUACUUGAAAAAUCUGGAUAAAUAUAAGUCAGUAUCAGCCUUUGCUCCUAUUGCAAAUCCCAUUAACUGUCCCUGGGGCCUGAAGGCUUUCACAAACUACUUGGGUGAAAAUAAAGCUGAUUGGGAGGAAUAUGAUGCUACCUGCCUUGUAUCAAAAUAUAACGAUCUCGCUGCUACCAUACUUAUUGAUCAGGGAGAGGACGACAAAUUCUUGAAAGAUCAACUGCUCCCACAGAAGUUCGAGGAGGCAUGCAGAAAGCUUAAUGUUCCUCUACUACUGCGGAUGCAACCCGGUUAUGACCACUCUUACUUUUUCAUUUCCACCUUCAUCGAUGAUCACAUCAGUCAUCAUGCCCAAGCGCUUAACCUUUGAUUUGGUUAAGCUUCUACUUCUGUUGAAGCUUUUCUGGUAAUGUAAUGAGGGACGACCUAAGCAGGUUACUGUUGCACUUCUGGUUUGGCAGACAAUAUGUUGAGGUACUUCGUGAGACGUAGUAUCAAAUAGAAGUAUGUGUAGUCCUAUCUUUCGGGCUUCUUGCUAUGCUGCUUAUGUAAAAACUAUUUUGGUAUAUCCAUCUUCCCUAUCCUAUCCUAUCCUAUUUAGAUUUUGAUGUGUUAAAAAGAAUCGGUUGAAUUCA